AUGGAAUUAUGGGGCUUGAGCCUUGAAGAACGUACCGAUCCAAAGGCAAGCUAUGAAGAAUAUUUUAAAGAUGUUCCAGGAUAUGAUCCAAAAUAUAACAUGUUUGCAAUGAAAGAUCCAGACUAUCAGAUUGAAAUGAAUUUUAGCAACAUCUGCUUCGGACAAGAUGCUAACGAAGCUGUUGAUCUUAUUAUUCCAGAUCUUCGUUCAAUGCUUCUGGAAAAUUCUUUCCCUCCUGGUUUAACUGAGCGUCCAAGACCUCCGAAGAUCGAAAAGCAUAGUAAGAAAGAUAAAAAGAAGCACGAUAAAAAGAAACAUCGCGAUGUUCCAAAAUCAAAGUCAUUGGCAAUACUCUCAGAGCAUUAA